GUUAAAGGCUAACUGAUGGUGUCGAUUGAUUUCUUGGAGAAGUUUUUGAGGUUCUACAUUCAGUUCUUGGAGAAGAACAUCAGGAAGCUUGAUUUCAGCCCCGAGGGGGCUUGCACGAUUGUGCAGGUAACUGAUCUCAAGAACUCGCCUGGGUUGUUCAUGUUCAAGAAGGAACUGAGGCAGGCGGUAAAUCAAGCCCUGCAACUGCUGCAGGAUAUUAUCCAGAGUUCGUUGCCAAACAGGUGUUCAUCAAUGUGCCAUGGUGGUACGUUGCUUACAAUAGGAUGAUCAGUCCAUUCUUGACUCAGAGGACUAAGAGCAAGUUUGUGUUUGCUAGUCCGCCUUUACUUUUC